AUGAGUGCCUCCGGAUUGGUCACCGUGCCUAUCCUCCUAGCUCAGUCUGAAGACGGGCUGUCUACUGGCACGAUACUUCAAAUAUGGCACCGCCUGUAUAAAUGCGGUCAUUCUCAGAACCCGAAAUUAGCAGUUGUUUCUUCAAGCGCCUUUGCAUACCUCGCUUGGUGUGCCAGUAGAACCCCUGGCGAUCGAGUUUCGAUGUUUCUUUUUGGCGCAGCCGCGUCCUUGGUCACUGGGAUUGUUCCUUUCACGCUCCUCUUCAUGCUCCCAACCAACCAUUCUAUUCUGGCAAAAGUAGCCGAGGCAGAAAUGUCACCAAAUGCCUCUGUGCAGAAGCCGGAGCACAACACCUCGAAGCAACUUCUCGCCCACUGGGCAACCUUGACUGGACUGAGGGGCUUGCUGCCUCUCGUUGGUGGUAUUGUGGGUCUAUUGGCUGUUCUGGAUCGUUGA